CAUGUUCCCCGUUUCGGGCCAGAGAAGCAAGACUCCUCCUCGUCGCAGGGGAAAGGGGGAAGCAUAAGCAAAGGAAGUGAGAGAGAGAUUGUGUGUGUGUGUGUGUGUGAGAGUGUCUGUGUUGUGAUUGUGUUCAGGUUGUGGCAACGGACUUCUUCUCGCUUAAGAUAAGUUUAGAUUGAUUGCGAUAACGCUACUUGUUUUUCGCAGCGGGGCAAUAUUUUUACGCUCACAUUCACAUGAAGGGCCGCCUUGCAGAUAAGGACUGUUCUUCCGAGGAGCUGCUAACAUCCCACGGCUUUUUGGCGGGAAUUUUUUUGUGUAGCACCAAUUCAUUACUCUCUUCGUGGCUGAGAAACGCAAUUCUGGGCUUGCAGACAGUUAACUUGAACCUUCAGCACGUUUAAGGUGCUAACGUUCUAAGGGAAGAUCUGCAAGGCUUUUCGCUAUGGGGUAUAAUGGAAGAGAGUUUCGUGAGCCUCAUAAAAUGGAAUCGACAAGCAAUGGGUUAGGACCGUCUGGUGGCGAAGGUAUCGCUGCCAGUAUGUCAAGCCUAUCUAUUGCUGUGGGAGAUCAGAGUACAUCUGGGAUCAAUGAUGCGCCUGGAUAUUCUAGCAAUCAGAGUCUCACUUUGUCAUCCUCACAAAGCCAGUCCAAUCCACCACAGUCGACAUCUACUUCUUCUCUUACCCCAGCACGGACGAAUCUCAAUCCCCAUGCUGCAGAGUUUGUACCCAAGGCAUACAACGCUACCUCACCUGGAAGCACGGGACAAGCGUGGGACGCACAGAAAUCUUCUACUUUAGCAGUUAGUGGGGAGAGAGAGACUGUAGGUUCAAGACUGGAUAGAACAAAUUCAACCAAUUCAAAUGCUUCAGACGAUGAGUAUAGGAGAUUAUGUCGUGCACAGCUUCCAGACGAUCUCAUGCCUGAUUUUGAUUUUGGGGAUUACGUGGAGAGUACAGACUAUGAAGAGCCUGUUUCUCUCGAGGUCCCUGGUCGGAGUGUCCUUCCCACUAGCUGGGCUGGUGGUGUUGGGAGUGUAGCUCAAGGAGAGCAUUUUACUUUCGAUAGUAGAGUUAAUCAGAAUUUGGCCAGAGUGCCUACCUACAGCUCCAGCUCUUCUGGAGCAGGCACCGCUCGUUACAAUGGUGCGGAGGGCUCAACCUCUUCCAUGGGACCUGGCUUUGUGAGGCCAUACAUGCCAGAGCUACGGUCUCCGGUUCAGCAGGUGAGUCGUGAUAGGCAGCCUGCUUGGACUGAUAACAACGAAACCGUAAGCGCAUUCACUGAGUGGGGUGGUUCAGAUCUUACGUUUCCAGAAGACUUAACUCAGGUUAUCGAUCCAGUUACUGUUCUUGCUACCGAGUUUCCUGGGUUUGCCUCUGAUAGUCUUGCCGAGAUUUACUAUGCCAAUGGGGGGGAUUUAGCUCUUACAGUGGACAUGCUUACGGAGCUUGAGUUGCAAAACGAAGGUGCCUCGACAAAGCAAUUCCAGCCUUCACCUACACCUGCACCUACACCUCCUUCACCACGAGAUUUUCCAGCUUUAGCAGGACAUGAGAAGAUUUCUGGAAGAGCAUCUCUGGGAGAGUCUAGGUCUGUCCCCGAUUUUGCUGCAGCUGUGAGAAAGCAAGCAGCGCAACAAGCUGUUCAGUUACAGUUUGAGAGGAAUGGCGGAGUGGAUCUAUCCAUGGGUGCUCAACGGGGUCUAUCUCAAGGUCCAGGAGUUGGUAGAUAUUCGAGGGAACCAAGAGUUUCUCACAAUGAAAGAUUGGAGGCUUUUCACAUGCAUGGGCAUGAAGUACACUCUCCCGUAGCUUGGCUGGAGACAGGAGACUCUGUUGCGAAUAUGUACUCAGACAUGAGGGAAGAAGCUCGGGAUCACGCACGUGUUCGAAAUGCUUAUUUUGAUCAGGCAAGGCAGGCUUAUCUCACAGGAAACAAAGCUUUGGCGAAGGAUUUGGGUGCUAAAGGACAGUGGCACAAUGAGCAAAUGAAAGCUGCCCACAGUAAAGCUGGGGAGGCUAUCUUCUGGCAAAGGAAUUCAAAUACUUAUGCCAACUCCCCAGGGCAACGUCUGAUUGACUUACACGGCCUGCAUGUGAGUGAAGCAAUUCCAUUCCUGAAACGUGAGAUUGCGCAGUUGAGGUAUAACACAAGAAAUACCAGGCAACGAGAAACUGUAUUCAUCUGUGUGGGUACUGGGCACCACACAAAGGGCUCGCGAACACCAUCUCGGUUACCAGCAGCUGUGCAAAAAUAUUUGCUCGAGGAGGAGCAUCUACAAUUCACAGAGCCCCAAGCUGGCAUGCUUCGCAUUAUCUUAAGAUGACGGGGUUGUCUUUCUCUUACAGUGUAUUCCAGUACUUGGCUGGACAAGCAAGCCCUUGGGCCAUGUUAUGUGGCCAUGCAUGCUCGGCAAGUACAUUUAACAAUUGCUUCAGUUUGUAGAUGAAUCUUUAGGGUUUUCCCUUGGGCUGUUAAGUGAUCCUUUCUCACCAGCCACUGGGUUUAGUAGAGCAGCGCUGACAUAGAGGGUUUACUCGAGACGCAAACAGUGCUAGGUCACUGCCAGUAUGAUAUUUCCAUGUUGUGCAGCUUAAUAUAGGCAGGCACUCUUUUGUAGGUGUAAUGUUUGUCAACCUCGUCUCUACAAUCAUGAGGUUAUAGCGAAACACAGUGGAACGUUGCCUGGGGCAUGAAAUAGGUCUCUUAGGAGGGUUUUUAAAAAACAUGUGAGCAAUGAGAGUGUCUUAUAGUACGGUGCCUAUUUUUCCAACCAGAGUUGUCAGUUGCAGAAGAAGAUUCUGUGGCUUUGGCAUGGAUGUUUCUCUA